GGGGGGGGGGAGCGAGCCGCCACCGCCGGCAUAUAUUCCGCAGCAGGCGCCCGAAGCCCAAGAUCUUCCUAGCUACGCAGGGCCUGCUCCCCCCCCCUACAAGCCCGUUGGCGCGGGCGGCGUUGCCGUUGCUGCCCAAAAGAAGACGAAAGGGGCCACCGGCUCUCUUUUCAAGGGCGUUCAGGGGGGCGUGGAAAAGCUCAAAGAGAUGUGCGAUAGCAGCAGCAGCAGUGACAAGAAGAACAAGAUUAAGAAAAAGAAGAAGGUAGUGCAGAAAAAGAGGGUAGGGCAGCAGCAGGACGAGGACGAGGAGGACGAGGACGAGGAUGGGCUGGGGAUCUCGAUGAAUGUCAACCUGAACGUGAGCGGCUCCUCUAGCGCCGACUCCGACUCCGACUCCGACUCCGACUCCGACUCGGAUGAUGGCGGCGGGAACGUGACCAACAUCAUUUCGGUUGCCGCGGCAAGUGGAGAUGAGGACGAUGAUGAUGAUGAUGAUGAGGAGGAGGAGGAGGAGGAGGAGGAGGAGGAGGAGGAGGACCUGGGGCGUGAGGGGGGUGAGGUGGAGGAAGAGGACGGGGAUGAGGUGGAAGGAGUGGAGGAGGAGGAGCAGGAGGAAGAGGAGGAGGAGGAGGAGGAGGAGGAAGAAGAAGGAGAAGAGGAAGAUGAUGACGAAGAUGAUGACGAAGAUGAUGACGAUUGAGUAAAAACAUUAGACUUUUGAGCUUUUGCAGGGUUUCAAGGAUUUUUUUCGUUUUUUUCUUUUGCGUGGAGGACGCUUGCCCUCUGCGUACAUACGUUCGUUCAUGUUUGUUUUUUCGUCCAUGAAGUGAACAGGAAGCCCGCAGUGGGCGGGACAAUGAGAGGAAACACCAACGGGCGAAGAGCUUGUGCCGCAUGAGGAGAGUAUCGCCGUCCCUUGGCAUGGGCGACCGCCGCAACAGCUUCUGCACUUUAGCUUGCCCGUAAGUGAGAUACCGAGAGGUCUUUUAUGUUCCAGUUGUUGCCUUGAUAUUUAAAAAACGUUCGUAUCUCUCUGCCCGGUACCUUCACCCGUCCGUACUGAGAUAGGUACCGGUCGUUUUUGUAGCUGUAUUUUCUAUGUACGCUGGUAUCUGAGUGUGUUCCACGAGCUGCUACACUGCUGUAGACGCCGAAGCACGGCCGGUGGUUUCGUACGCAUAGUUGGUUGUGUGCUAGACAUCUACAGCAGCGUUUCUCUUUUGUCUUUGAGUUGUUCCCCGUGGCUUUGGCUGGUCGUGUGCAAUCGUUACCUCAAGUACUUCAGUCACUAUUGCUUGUUGUUUGGUGUAGUGCACGUAGUGCACUUUAAACCAUCUUUCGGUGAAAGUCGGGAAACUACUCAAAAGCGUUCUAAUCCCUUCCAGGGGCAUGCGUGCGUGUGCCCGACUUUUUAUGUACCAUUACUUUCUCCCUGAAAUUAUUUUCCAGCCGGGUACAAAAGUUCUCACAAAAUUGUUGUAAUCUAGUCAUCGAGAGCGGCAUGCACUGCUAUCAGUACGGCGGGGUUGUACUGAAAGGCGAUUAUCUCUACUGUUGCCGCCGGGUUUCGAUCCGUCCAGAUCGUAGGUCCGACCUGGUUUGAAAAGUCCGGUUAAUAGUCACGUGGUGUGUCUUGAUCUCUCUCUCGACAUGAAAUAUUUUUUCCGGCGGCACCGUGUUCGGGGUUAAGUAUGUCAGGCGUGGUGAAGAAGAGGGACAGAAGAAUUGUGUAACGCCUUGUUGUGUUGUUGGAUGGAAUUAUUACCCAACGGCGAGCGGCUUUUGCCCCCGCCCUCCCCUCUCCCUGUCAUGGUUGAUCUGGGGUGUUGUGUUAUCGUCGACAUCGUGUUCGGGGUUAAGUGGGUAUGUUUGGCUGGAGAAAGAGGGAGGGGGGCAGGAAAGCUGAUACGCGCCUUGUUGCUGUUGGAUGGAAAUAUCAACCAACCGUAAGCGCCCC